AUGUGCAAAUGGUACUGCACGAGUUCAGGCCCUUCGACCAACCUCACCUGCUUGCAUUGUGGAGUGCACUAUUGUGGAGCAUGCUUGAACGGUGAAGCUGGCAAAAUGCAGUCGUUGGUGAAAUGCGCUGGCUGCGGCAAGAAACCCGGUGUCAAGACGAACGGCAACCGAAACUCGUGGACUGCGGUGUGCAAUGCACCUUGCAACGAACGGGGUGCGCCACGCUAUGACAAUGAUGAUGGUAUUGCCAACAGCGCCUUUACGAGUGGGCUACGCGCCACCGGUGCUCAGGAGACGAACGAAGCCGCCCAGCGGCGCGUGCGCCAGCAUUCCCUCCGCGGACCUGAGCGGUUCUUCUAUGACAGGAGCACCUACACCGGUACCCACUCCAACGGUGGACCGGAGCAUGUGGCCAAAGGUGCAGGGUCAGCACCUGACCGGACAUGGAAGAGGCCUUCUGCAGAGCUGGAAGACCUGGCACGCCUGACCUUGCUGUCUGGAGGAGCUGCAGCGCCACCAGCGAGCCCCUCCUGCUUGCCGGAUGUGAUGAAGUCUCCACGUCCACCUUCGGUGGGCCGACCGAGCUCCAAAGGUCCCAGCGCACGCCCUGCCUCCCGCGGCGCUAGUGGCGGCCGUGGGCUGGUGGGCCCCGAACGCUUCUUCUACGACCGCAGCACGUACACCGGCACCCACACCCGCGGUGGACCCAGCUCUGUGGCGAAGGGCGGUGGCACCUCCUUCGAUCAGAGCUGGAAACGACCCGGGGACGCUGGGCCGAACGAGGGCUUCGACGAGCGGAGAGGGCUACGCAGGGUCCGUGAGGAGAAUCUCGACUCAGUCCUCCAUCAGGUCGUUAUGGCGAUAUCCCAGCAAGCCUACGAGCAUGCGGUGGUAGACCACUUUCGCCCCUGGGAGGAGGUCUUGAUGUACGGCAACCUGACCUAUGCGAAACGAGAGAUCUUCUUCUAUACCUUUGGCACGGGGACGUUGCUCUGCACGCUGGGGAUGCAUUGCCUCCGAGAAAGAUAUCCCUGGAACUACGUGAUGCUGGCCAUGACCACGCUCUUAGCGGGCGUCUUCUGGGGGAUGCUGCGGGCCGUGGUCUUGUCCACCCUCCACUUCCAGAUUCUCAGCAUCCUGAUCGUCACCAUGUCCGUGGCCACUGUACUGUCGCACAUCUCCAUGCGCUUUAUCUCCAUGCCGCUUUUGUGCCUCUUGGCGCCCGGCUGGCUUUGCGGCUCGCUUGCCUGCGCAUUUGUGGUGAGUGUCCAUUUGACCGAUGCAGAUCGGCAAGUCGUGUGGGCCUCCACAGGACUCUCGAUGCUUCUGCUGAUCAUUCUAUCUCUGGAUGCAGGCAGGUACCUGAAGCAGUGUAAGCCCGACGACUUUAUGAAUGUGGUGGUGGCGAUGAAUUCCACGUUGAUGGUUGUCGUCAGCAUCCCUUUCUUCGUCCUAUCCUUUUGCUUCAUCCACGGCAGUGAGGUGGUUGCAGAGCAGGCGCAGGCGGCUGAAGCGCCUGGGCUGCCUGUGAGCAACGUGUCACCGGAGGCCAUUGAUCGACUGGAGCGUGGAGAUCCAGGCCCCGCAGAUCGCGGAGUGGCGGCGGAGGCCACGGCGGAGCGGCCGCGGAGGUUUCCGGAGACGGUGCAACGACAGGAUCGCCGGGAUGGGUGGAGAGGAUGGAAGGAUGUGGGAGCGGAUGAUGGAGCUAGGCUGUGGGGUCUGCGGAAGUUGGGAUGCGUAUCAGCUAGCCAAAAGGUGUGGGGGAAUCCGCCCACGUCCAGUACCCGCCACCAAACUGGCUGCGCGCGGAGCCGGAGCCUGCAUCGCGUCCGUCGCUCCGCGGCUCAAUUUCGAGCGUCGAAUCUGGUCGACGCGGCGAACAACGACGAAAGCGUCCGGAGCCCAGUCCAAGAGCUCAUGCCACUGGUGAUUGCUGCUCCGGUGAAGCGAUCGGAGCGUAUGGCGCAGGUUCAGAUGCAGGUGGCGAGCCGGGAUGGUGAGAGUUACCAGUCAGUGACCAGGACCGUGACCUUCCAAGACAUGGAACCCGUGGAGUCCGAGACCACCGACCAGGAAAUGCAGACGCCACAAGAACCCGUCCGGAGUCACCGGACCUCUUCCAUGUUUGGUCAGAGGAUCAGCCGUACCUUCCUCUCCGGCAGGUCCCUGUGGCGGUACCCCUCUACACCUGGGCAGAUGCCGCGGUAUUUGCAGAGGAAAUUUCGGAUGAAGACCUUUGCUUUGAUGGGCUUCCAACUUGCACUGGUUCUGGCCAUCACAGUCUUGGUGGAUUACCUGCAGCUUUGGGGUGCGAUGAUGCCGACCCUCGGUCAAACACCCGCACAGGUCGUCUUCUACGUGAUUGGCGCCAUCAACUUUACUAGCAUCUUGGCCUUGCAGAACUUCAAGGACAGGUAUCCUCUGAACUACCUGCUUCUUUGUGUGACCACCGUGCUCUCUGGCAUCUUUUGGGGGCUGACUCGAGGAGUGACGAAUGUGACCAUCCACUUUCAGAUUCUGGCAAUCCUCAGCUUUACCAUGGCUGGUGCCAGUAUCGCCUCGGGAAUCUUGACCAACCUCGAGCGGAAGAUCGCGGGGCCCCAUUUGCUGUUGGCGUCCAUCUUGCCCUGUUGGUUCGUGGGCUGCCUCAUCGAUGCACUUUUGACCUUCUUGCUUUUCAAGUUAGACCCUUUGGAGGUCUCUGGUGCAAUAGGCUUCUCCUUCUUGCUGAUUUGCAUCUUGCUGGUCGAUGUAGGCAAGCUCUUAGACCGAUGUCGGCCUGAUGACUUUAUGGCCGUGCUCGUGGCCAUGAACUCGACCCUGAUGGUCGUGGAGUUGAUGAACACCGUGUUCAAAUCGAGGAUGGGUCCGACUAGCUGUGAGCAUCCCAUUUUUUGUUUUGACCUUCUGCUUCUUGCAUUCGGGCGAGGCGAUGGACCGGGCCACUACCGAGCCGAGCGUCAACGCGGAAUCGGUGGUGCCGCCCAUCAACGAGAUGACGGCAGUGGUAUGACCGGUGCUAGUGCCGGGCCAUGUUCAGACCCGCACAGGGCCGGGGAAAAAACGAGCACGUCAUUCUGGCAUGGCGUUGCGGUAUGCGUUGGGGUCGUACACUUGGACUUCGAGCUACACAAAAUCCAUGGCUUCAGUGAUGGUUCCUGUGCGGGUCGGUCCAUCUAUUGGACCUGA